AUGGCAGAGGCAUUUGGACGUGAAAUACAGCAAACUAUCUUGCAAUUAAUUUGUCGUUUUGUCCGAUAUAAAGGUACGAAACGAAUUGGACGACAACUGGCAGGGAGUAAUGGUGUUGGUGUUUUGCUGGAUUGUUUCCUGGAAGGCCAAUGCGAAAGCUAUAUCGUGGAAAUGUGUAAUGCGUCAUUUGAACUUCGCGAGCAGUUCGAAACACCGGGUUGUAUAACGAAAAUUGUUGAGACACAUCCACGUCCCGAAUAUAUGUUAAAAAUGCUUCUAUGCUUUGCACAGGAUGCUUGGGGACGAGCAGCACUUCGUGGACACGGUGCCUUAGAUAUACUUAUUGAUGGACUCGAAAAAGCUGAUUCUGUACAUCAGAUACUAAUCGUCAAUACGCUUCGAUACUUUGUUCAUGAUGGAAGUGGACUAAGCUACCUGACAUUUUCCACCAAAUUCCUGGAUAUUGUUGUGGAUCACAUCAAUCUUUACUUGAACAAAAAUAAACGUAUCUGUAGUAUGAUGCUAAAUCGAGCUAUCAGUGAAUGUUCAAUCCACAACAAAAUAGGGCAUCGUAAAACAGAGUGUUUAUGUUGCAAAAUGAUGUUAAUGCCAUUUCACUCAACCAAUUUUGAUAUGCUCAAUCAUGCUGUGGACUCUGAUGCAUUCUCGUCUGGAAAAUUGGUCGAAUUUUCUUGGAGUCCAUCGCAGUCACCACCACCUGGAAUGCGAUCACCGCAGAUGUCACCAAAAAGAGUGCCACUUUCACCGACAUCGUUGAUGGAUGAAUACAUCGAAUGCAUGGAACGUCCAACAUCAACAAAUAAUCAUAUCAAUUAUUUGAGUCGUGCUUCACAUACACCUCACAGGAAUACGGAGCUGGUAGUUGGUGAAUUGUAUAUUUUGGCUUGGUUAUCACACAGUGAGUCUAAUAUGAGACGAAUGAUUACAUCAAAAAUUGUCAGUACUUUACUACACUACAUUUCUGAAGCACCAUCGAUGGUUUCCAAAGCACCACGUACAAUACGACGAAUUUUUCGUCAUCGUUUAGCAGUGGAGAAUUUAUCUCGUUUAGAGUUGCAUACUCUUGUCAUCCAUAUCCUGCUGACACGGAAAUGCGAAGUUGGAAAGCGAAUUUCGCAAUGUUCAGAAUGUGCAAUUAGAAGCGAUUUUGGUAACGCUUUAUUGGAAGAAUUUUCUUCCCAUAUUGAUGCACCGUUUGGAUUAGAAGUACUUAAAAAUAUAUAUAAAUCAAGCGAUGAAAUUGAACAAAUGAAGGCCUGUAUUGCAACGUUACAUCUCGUUAGAAGAGUCGAUAACUGGAAGCGGAUGCUUGCAACCCAUAACCCGGUUGAACGUCUAUUGGCAAAAUUACGUGAAAUAUUGGUUGAUAGCAGUUAUGAAGAAAACUGGCGUAUAACAACGUACUGUGAAGGGCCAACGUUAGUUCGUCAAAUUUUGGUUGCGUUAUCAUUUUUGAUUCCAUCAGAUGUACUGUCAACUUCUUUACAUGCUAUCUGGGGUGAUAUCUCGGUCUACAUCAGUAGGGAUAUGCCACUUAAUAAAUGUAUUGUGAAGGAAGCAAUUUUGCUAUCAAGAAAGGCCAUACCGACAACAUUUAGUUUACCGGAAUUCAUCAAAUUUAAAUGUGGUAAAAUAAUAGAAGUUGUUCCCAAGAAAUGUUUAUGUGAAGGAAGUGAAUAUUUUCGGGGUAUGUUUGGAAGUGGAUUUUCAGAGCAAUUCCGGGAUACAUUUAAUUUUGAUGAAGAGGAAGAACAAUGCUCUUUUCGCUUAUUUUCUAUUUUCUUGCAUUAUUUAAGUGGCUGUGGCAAAUCAUGCGUGAAAAUAACUGAAAAUGAUAUACCAGCUUUGCUAAAGCUGUCGGACCGUUACCUCUGCACUGGGAUAAGCUCCAAGUUACUAGCUUAUGAAAGUCCGCUCAGAAAUUUGAUCAGCGGUGAAACACUGCCGAAUUAUCUGGAAGUUAUGCUUUCUACUGGAAGUGAUACAUGUAACGUAUUGAGGGAUGCCUGUAUAAGCUGCCUGCUCAGUGAUUGUACAGAGGAACAAAUGUUUACGGCUUUAAAGAUAGUGGCUGGUAAUCCUGUUGCAGUGGACGCAUUAAUGGAAAUAUUGCAGACAUUUUUAUUGGCAUACUGUCGAAGGAGGAAAAUUAAGUAUGAAGAGGCAAAAGCAACUUAG